AUGCAGCGAGACAAUCGCUCUCGGGACCCCGAGGGAACUCGCCGCCGGUGGUACGAGUCUCGCGACCGUGAUCCGAGAGAUCGGGGAGAUUCGCGUCAGCAAUCAUCGCUGCCAUCGCAACAACAAUCCCAACAUCCACAACAACCAAUACCGCAAAUGUAUCAACAACACUCUCAGCAACGAGCAUAUGACCCUCGACGUUAUGAACAAUCCCCUAUGUAUCAACAGUCACCGCAGUAUCCGCAAUUUCCACCACCUCCCCAGCAAUAUCAACAAUCGCAACGCUACUCCAGCGCGCCGCCUCAGCCAGUGCCGGGAUAUAAUCACUCUUAUCAACCACAGCAUAAUUCACAACGACCACAGACACCUUCAAGUGUUUUCUCGUCCUCGAGUGACACCUCGACAUCACUAUUAGAUAUCUCGCGAUACAAGGACACGAAACAGUUUGGUGGUGUUUUUGGCACAUUUUUCAAGGCGCCUUCGGACCGGGUCAAACAGCGUCUUCACAGAAAGAAGAAACAGAAGCGUCGUGUGCUCUACUUUGGAAACUCAUCAUCAUCUUCCGUGAACUCUGACCUAGCCUACGGACAGGGAUACGUCCGGCAACCAAAAAGCCGUACACUGAGCCCCCGAAGUCAAAGUCGUGCCUCUGGCCAAGGCUAUGCCUUUUCCCCAGGUCAUGGUCCGACUCAAGGACAUCGACGGCGCAGCUCAGGGGGGUCUGAUCGCGCAUCGCGACCCACGCCUCGGAAGAAGACUGCCGAUGAAGAGAUAAUGGCCCUUGGCCAGCAACUCUCUGACUUAGCACGGCGGUCCAAGGAAGAUGAGCAACGCCUAUCUAGCCGAGGAUCAGGCAAGGGUAAGGCGGCUGCUCUAGGUCUUGCAGCCGGCGCAGCUAUGGCAUCUGGUUAUGGCCGGCACAAACACGGCUCGCGGGGGUUGGGUAGCUCAAAGCAGCGCGUCGACACCUCGGAUGAUGACUCAGACUGGGAGGAUGCCUCUGACAAUGAGUCGUCUAGUAGUGAUGACGCUGGUUCAGCUGCAGACUCAGAGCUUGCAUAUGGCAUCGUCGGCGAAUCUAUCAAGCCCGCAGCCGGUGCUGCAGCGGCUGCAGGAACUGCAUCAGCCACAACCGCUAUGGCUGGGUCCAGAAGGCCCUCAGGUCAAAGCCCAAUGCUUGACUCUCGGCGAUAUGGAGACCGGGGCUCUAUCGUUGACCCUCGCCUCUUUGGCCCCUACAACUCUCUUCGAGGCUCAAUUAAUACUCCAUGUGGCUUCCGAGACGAGGAACAGGCUGCUGCAUACCGUCGCGAUUCUGCUAGCCUAGAAGCUGGUGGACCAAUUCAUAUGCGAGAUGUGUACCCCGCCCCCAUCUCCGAACCCUACAGAUUCGACGGAGAUCAGUUCCCAAUGUCUGAUAGGCGCCUGAAUUCGUCGACUCGACCCGCGCCGGUUCCCCUGCAACAGCCGGUCCCCAAGCAGGCGGUUUCAUCAAAAGUUUAUAAUGCUGAAAAAUUUGAUGACAUAAACCGCAGGGAGCCUCGGCAGCGCAAAUCUGAGCAGCCAGAUGGAAAGAGCUGGGCAGGAGUUGCUACGGCAGGUCUCGCAGCAGCGGCGGUCGGUACGGCUAUAGCGUCUUCAGCAUCUUCGCGAAAAGACAAUUCCGAGAAUCAUGAUGGUGGGGUGCAUGACCGUGCUAAUCGAGACCGUCGUGAGCAAAAGCUCAUCGACCUAGAGCGCCGGAAAGCCCUAGAAGCAGAGGAGCAGAAACUCAAAGAGUUAGAGCAUGUAAAAGCCCAAGAGUUGGAACGGCGAAAAGCCCAAGAUCCGGAACGUCAGAGGCUCGACUGGGAACAACGCCUAGCCCACCUUGCCCAGCGACAGGAAACAUUGGAGGAUGAGCGCGAACGAAAUGUGAAAUGGGAGCGUGACUACCGUGGAUCGGAUCCCGAGCCUAUCUUUCCCAAGUAUAACGACGAGCAAAAAUCUUCACGACGAUAUGACCAUGACGAUACCCCCACGGAUAGAAUGGAGAAGAAGAGUGUUGGUGUUGUAGAUGUGCCUCAAAGGGAUCAGGGCGGAGUUGAAGCAUUCCAUAUUGAAUCGGGACCGGAGUUCAAAGCGUUGCAUGAACCUGUUGUCCAGGCUGACAACAGCGAGCGUGAUGCGACUCAAGAUGGCCGUGACCUUCCUCUACCUAUCGGUGCUGGCCAUCGCCCUCCAAGCGACUCAACUCAACCUGUGCAUGAGACCAUUGAUCCCUUCCAGUACCAAGUUGCGGACGAUGCGUUCACUGUGUCACAAAGAACCACGCCUGGGCGCCCCCUUACACCUAAUGUUGUCACCAUUGAGCGCGAGCCUAAUUUCGAUGACUCACCGCCAAGUUCUGCAGCAGCCGACGCUCGGUUAAGCCGACGAGACUCGUUUGAGAUUGAGCGUAUGGUUGACGAGUAUCGUCGUGAGACUCACGAUCCACCACAACGUCGCGAUACCCAAGUUGGUCAUGAGUUUAAAGAGGACGAGCGAAAGGCCAAAUCUAUUCUUGACGAGGCUAAACAUGCCACCAUUCCUGUUGCAGCUGCCGCAAUAGCAUCCGCCGUUGCAGUCGAACAUAAGCGGUCUCAAGAGCAUGGACACCAUCGCCAAUCAAACGAUAGAUCUCAAGAUGGCUCAAGAGGUCGCAAAGACACUGUGCAGGAGGAAGCUGACAGGUUCUAUCGUGAGGCCUGCAUCGCCCGAAAAAUCGCUUCUGACGAACUACGAUCUCGAAGUGCAUCCCCUGAGCGAUCUGUCGUCGACAAGUGGCAAGAAGAUAAGAAUGACCCAUUCACAAUUGUCACACCGCCGAUCAUGGAAGACAAGCACCCGAACAAGAACAUGUUUGAUGGACCAGAUGCAGAUGUGAAGAUUGAUAACAAGAUAUACCCCCGGGAAGAACGCCAUCUCCGAAACCUGGGUGACAAUUCUUCUACUCUUGUUUUGAGGUCAAGAGAGCCUUCGCGAGAGCGUCCUGUCCUCAAUCUGAUAUAUCCUACUCCUGUUACAAGUCGCCAACACACGCCUGCUCCUCAAGCACAGGGUGUAAGACAGGCGGAUGAUGAAGUACCCACGCCUGACGAUGUCAGCAUCGGACCUAAGGGCGAGAUCAUCUCUGCUGGCGAACUCGUGUCUGUCCCUAAAUCUGUCAGCUGGGGCGAGAACGAGACGAAGAGCUUUGAAGUAGACACACCAGAAAACCGAAGUGAUUCCGACAAUUACUUCCCUACUGAUAAAUCGCCAGACAAGCCUAGGCCGAAGCUAAACAAGGCCAGUCGCUGGGGUAUUCUUGCCGCGGCACUGGCUGGCAGCAGUGCCGAGCCACACAACGAACCUGAUUUCGUAGUGUCAUCCAAAACCUCAGAUAUCCCCAGAAGUUUUCCGGAUGAAGCAAGCAGGGACAUCUCUGUUCACCAGGCUGAAGACGUUUCCGGUGACGAUGUGAUGCACGAACCUCCAAUCCCUGGGCCUAAACCUCCAAGCCCACAUCCUCAACAGAUGCCUGGCGGCUUUGCAGAUGACUUUGAGUUUGCUGCUACUCUUGCUGCGGGCCUGAAGGAUACUGGCUUCAACCCCGACAUCGUCAUUAAUGACCCCUCCUACAGUCGGCGUGACUCUCCACCAGGUGUCCAAGAGGCAAACGGUGAUUCUCAUGGCAGCACGAAUGGCAGUGCCUGGUACAAGCGACCUUCCGCCGAGGCUAUUCUCGAGCCUAGAAAUGACAACAUCCCAAAUCUUCUCCCCGAGCAAGGAUUUAUUCUCGGAGAGGUUGAGACCCCUCAGGAACCACCUUUUGGUAAGCAUGAAGGUGAACGUCACUUCGAGCCCGACUCGCCAAAGCCUGAAGAUGUGCCACUUCCUCAAGACAGUUCCGAAACUUCGAAGUCGAGCAAGCGAGAACCGCGCAAGCGAGACAAGUCCAACGUUGUCGUUGUUCAGGAUGAUGGAAAGAUUGAGAACAUCAAAGCGGAGCCGUCACCUUCAAGGGAGGUCGGUGAAGAGGUAUGGGAAGAUACCACUCGAAAAAGAGGGCAGAAGGAUCGUAAGCGUCGCGAUCCCGAUGACAUGAGCCCAAGUAUAUCUUCUACCAAUCACUACACAAGCGACGCACCUGCCAAAGACAUCAGAUCUGAUCAUGAAUCUGAACCGAGGAAUGCCUUUGCAGAAUACGAUCAUAGCCAGAGCUUCGACGCCGCGGAUAUCGCCAAGGUAGCUGUGCCAGCUCUCGCGUUGGGUGCGCUUGCUUCCUCAAGUUCAAGAAUUACACCCUCUCGUGACGUUCGCUCUGAAGACGAGCAAGACGCUCCCAGGAAGUCGCACAAGCCUUGGAAUGACGACGAUUAUUACUAUGACGACAACAGGUCUCGCGUCUCCGCCCCUGUGCAGCCUUCGCACCAUCGCCAUUCAUCUCGAGACAUAUCCUCCCGAGACGUUCGAUCAGACGAUGAGCGAGAAGAUCACAGGCAUUCAAGCAAGCACAGAAAGGACCGCGAUUCUCGGGACGAUGCGAGAUAUCGAGAUUCUUCUACACUGGACCCCACUGAUCGACGAAGGCCUGAUGAUGAUGAGCGGCCAAAAAGACCGAAGCGUCACACCUACAGCAAUGACUCCCCAACCCGGUCAUUAGUUGCUUCCGAAAUCUCUGUUGGUAGUUCAAGCAGCAAGAGAAGCAAGAGGUCGAAACGAAGGAGUGGAGCCGAAGAGGAUUUCGACGACAGCAGAGAGAGCCCAUCGGAUCGAAGACGUGACUUCUUUGAUGACCGAGAUAUUAGCUCUGUCGUAUCCGAGUCACGUGGAGAUGACCGUCGGCGCGAGAGCGGACAUAGACGCAAGUCUUCGCGUUACGAUGAUGAUGACGACGUGAAAUCGGUUGCAUCUCUACCUGGGUCAUCCCGCCGGGACAAGGAGUACAAAGAACGCAGAACCCCUGAAAAACGACCAAGCAAUAGUGUUCUUUCUAGCCUCUUCAAAUCGCGCAAGGAUAAGAAGGAUUCUUUUUUAGAUAAUGCCGGCACCCUUGGCGCGGGUGUCGGCUUAGCGAGUGCAGCGGCCAUUGUUGCGUCUGAUGCUGCUCGUUCCAACGCCGCUGAGACCUCAUCAGAUCACGAGAAUUCUGUCUCUCGUGAUGGCCGGCCUCGUGCGCGCAGUUUCGAACUGGUUGACCCUGAAGUCGUGCCCCGUGUUAUCAAACCAGCCAUUGACCCUCAAUAUGGCGACCUCCUUCCUUUACCUCCCAGCGAACCGACUAGCCCUUCUUCUGGCCCGGAGGAACUACCCCCUCUUCCCGACAGCAGGCCUGACACCCCCCCCGAGGAGCGUAUCAUACGGCGGGAUUCACGUACCCAUCAGCGACGUCGUAGCGUUUUCGACACGCCCACAAAAUCACCUAGCCGAACCGCUGUUCCUAUCGCCCUUCGUUUGGGUAACAGGUCAAACCCCGCCUCUCCUGUUAGCUUCAAGGCAUCCCCCGCGAGUUCCCCUAUAACGUCUCAUUCCGAUGCCGUAGUCAUGUCAAGGCGAGCAGCUCGACCAACAUCCUGGGACAAUAGUAGAGAAAUCAUGCCACUGUAUCUUCUUGAACACUCACGACACCAACAACCAACUACUGGGUCAGUGCUACCUGCGCUCCCACCUAGUGAACCUAGCGAGACUUCUGCAAGGAACUCACCCGAAUCCGAGUUUCUUAAGCACAGUGACGAUUAUUUCGGCUCUGGUCUUGAUUUUGCCGGCCCUGAUCUUCGUGUUGAUACCGAGCUAUCGGAGCAGCAUCCUAAAGACUCUGUGGCAGGAUCUCAGGAAACAACGCCUCGCGCGGAGUUUAUGCCUGCGCUUCCAGGCUCUUUCUCCUUUGAUACUGCCAGAGAGCAUGAGGAGGAACUAACAACUUAUCUCCCAAUGCCUGCAGAUGUCGUCAGCAGGGAAACAGAAACCGACGUCUCUGCUGCACCGUUGCCCUUUGACGCUUCUGCUACGGCUGUUCCUACCACCCUCGCUUCUCAUGGUCUCUUGGAAGGCCAGCAACAAACUCACUCACCCGCAGACAAAACAGAUAACCUGACAUCUGCUGAUGAGCAUUUCUCGGACCCUCUCGAGGGUCACCCAGAGCAGAUGUCACCUGGAGAAGCUGUGCUGAAGUCUGUCGCCGAGCCUAGUAUUGAGCCUGCUACCGAGCCUGCUACCGAGCCUGUCGCUGAGCCUAGUAUUGAGCCUGCUACUAAGCCUGCUACUAAGCCUGCUACCGAGCCUGUCGCCGAGCCUAGUAUUGAGCCUGUCGCCGAGCCUGUUGCUGAGCCUAGUAUUGAGCCUGCUACUAAGCCUGCUACUGAGCUUAUUGCUGAGCCUAGUAUUGAGCCUGCUACUAAGCCUGCUACUAAGCCUGCUACUGAGCCUGUUGCCGAGCCUAGUAUUGAGCCUGCUAUUAGGCCUGCUACUGAGCCUGUCGCCGAGCCUAGUAUUGAGCCUGCUACUAAGCCUGCUACGGAGCCUAUUACUGAAGCCACGAGUGAGACUGCGCCCAAUUCUUCUACAAUUUCCACCGAGGCUGUCACGUCCAAGCAACUUGUAACUCCUGAAGAAGAUACAACUGUUGGUGCGAAUGAUGAAGUUCUCGAGCCUUUUCUUGCAGAUUUCUUGGUAGAGGAUAGCACCAGAGGGCUCGCAGUUGGACAAGCAGUUGAAGAUGUCACAGCCCUGUCCCCAGAACUUCCGUCACAAGCAGUUGAGGAAGCAGGCCCUGAUAUGGUUGAGCUUUUCAAUGGCCAGAACGUCAAAACUGUUAUCGACACUACUUAUGAAAACCCCGCAUUCACCAGAGCGCCGGACAGCAUAUUUGUCACAGACCCCAUUGUUGAAGUAGUUUCAGGAACUGAUUCCACUACAAAGUCCGCUGCCCAGCCUAUGGAAGAGAAGCGAAUUACCGAUAUUGCUCGCGACAUUAACACCGGGAUAACCAACCCUGAUAUCGAGCCUCAAUCAGUACCAGCUGUUGUUGCCCAAAUGGAGCCUGCUACUCAAGACUCGGAAACACUGCUCGUAAAGCCUGGAGACGCUGUUGCCCAUCGUGCAGAAAAUGAGAUUACUACCGACGAGUGGUCAACCAUGAACGCAAAGGAUAGGAAAAACAUGAAGAAGAAACUUAAGAAGAAGGGGCUUGAACUGAUCAUUCAAGACUCAUUCAACGUUCCCCUCGCUGCUAGCAAGGAUGACAAUGCCGUCCUAGGCGACGAGGCUGUGGUACCGAAUGAAUCUUCUGAAACAAAGCCGGCUAUGCUUGAACUCGAGCCCACCCACGAACAUACACCUCAACCCUCUCAAGAUCCUUCUGCCGACCUUUUCGCCACUGAAGCCGCGAAGCCCCAAGAGCCUGGGGUUUCGCAUGAGGAGCAGCAUACGAUCGCACAGUCUGAAGAGGUCCAGGAAGUCCUUGAACAAAACAAACCAGUUGGUUCGAACUUAUUGUUGGACCGGGAAGCGGAAGAGUCACCAGGAGAGCUAGACACCGCAAUCGAAUCUAUGGUACCAUUAAUAGAGCCUGAGCCCGUAAUCGAAUCUUCUGCCAAUGCUCAAGCUACCGCGGAAUCGACUUCCAUCACUGCUUCGCCUGUCGCAGAAACGGCCCUUGAAGAGCAGCUGGUGUCUCCAUCCAAAAGCAAGAAGAAAAAGCAGGAGAGCAAGUUUCAGCAGCCAUCCGAAGAGGAAGCAAUUUCUGUAGAGUCAACAGUCACCGAGCUUGAAGGCACAGGCCCAGUUGAAAUUUCUGAAGCUGAAAAGGAUGCGUUUGAUGCUUGGACGGAGCCAGUCGCGCUCAUUGAACCCUCUGCUGACCCAUCUGAAACAGUUGCUCAUGGUGACCCAGGUUCUGUGGCGGAAAUGCUCACAAGGAUCACUGUUGAGCCUGUCGAUGCAGAUGCAUUCGAUGCCUGGACUCAACCAGAUACCAUGGCUGAAAGCCAAGAUGCUCCAGAGAAGACACAGGAUAAAUCUACAAAAGCCUCCGACCCGGCUUCUGAAUCGCCCACUGUAUCAACCCAGGGUGACAGCGCCGCUACGCCCAAGUCAAAGAAGAAGAAAAAGAAGAAGAAGGGCGCCAGAGCCGAUGAUGAGCUAGUGGUGGAGAAACAAGAGAUGCCUCAAACAGGAACACCCCUUCAAGUUGAGGACACGGGAGACAAUGAAGUGAUUAAGGAUGGCAACAGAAGCUCGAUGAAAGAGUCGCCCGUUGUGGUAGCCGUGCCCACCGAUGUUAUUCAAGACAAAGAGAUCCCGAACCCACAGUCUAUUUCAUCACCAAAAGAUACUGAUCAAGUUCUUGAUCGUGGAAAGGUUUCUCCAGUUGAGGCUCCCGAGCCUGGCGACCCUGAGUCAAAAGAUGACAUCGGCUAUCAUCCGGCCGUUCGUGAUUCCCAGACUGCCGCCAAAGAUGCACGAAAAGACAGACAAAGUCAAGGGUACUUCCCAUCUGCUCUUCGGGCACUCCCCGCCACGGCUGGAAUUUCCGCUUUCAAGAGAAUGUGGGGAUUCCGGGACCAAACGCAGUCACAAAAUAAAUCAGGCGAACCUGAAUCUGAUGCCCAGGUCCAGCCUGAUGCAGUAAGUGCUGAUAAGUCAGUGGCAGCAGGCACUAGGUCUGAUAUUAUCACGCCAAAGCUUGACCGUGACGUUCUCAGGGAUAAAGAGACUACUGGCGUAAGCGCUAGAAACCCAGAAGUUUCCGACGUCGAGCCAGACUUUUCAACUGCUGAUACCGCCCCCGAUACGCAUGCCAACAAAGCGAGUGGUACCACAUUAUUAGAGCCUCAGACUUCUGAACCACUUUUCUCGCAAGGAGAUGCACCAGCAGACGAGUCUCAAGGAACUUCUUAUGGACUGGAAUUCUCCCAAGUUGACAAAUCAGUCAAGGCUACAGGGGAUGCUAACCGCGACAUCUUUGCUGAGGAUGAAGUGACUACCACCACGGACAGACAACUCACCGAGACAGCCCCAAUCUCGGCUGUUGAGGGGGACUCCGCCGAAACGUUAAAAGAUUAUGUCCUAGGUCAUCUGGCAACAAGCGCGGUGGUCGCAACAGCUUCUACUGAAAUCAAGUCCGACGAAAUCAAACAAGAAGAUUCCUCGACGAUAGCUACGGCUGAUGAUGUUAAGCCCCCAGUACACGAAGCUACUGAGGCUACGUACAGGGAUUCAACAACGCCAGCUCGGGCUGAUCUUGGUCAGCUUGUCAAAGAAGAGCCUAUUGUUCCAGUUGAGGAUGAGCAUGCGAGACUUGAGGAAGCAGGCUCAGAAUUGAGCACAAGGCCUGUAGAAGCCAGCACUGAAGAAGUGGCCGAAGGAGAUGCCAGCAAGACAACUGAAGGAGAGAGUGCAAAGUCUAGCGCGGAAGCAAUUGGCGAAACCAACGAGGCCGACGCAACAGGAUUGAAGAAGAAGGCCAAGAAAAACAAGAAGAAGAAGAAGAGCCAACCUAGCCAAGAUGAGGCUCCCGAGCAAGAGACCAAAGACACUACGCACGUUAAAAUCAGCCAGGAUGUAUCAGGUACCGAAACAGCAGUAGUGUCUGGCAGAAAGAAUAUUGAUAUUCUGGCGCCAGAUCUCAUGGCUGAAUCUUCCGACUCUAUUGUUGAAAAUACUUUCCUCGACCAGAAACCUGAUGACGAGUCGACACAUGACGUGCUGGACGUAUCAGGAGUUAAGGAUCAACCACAGUUUGAUAAGCCAGCCAAGAACCAAUCCUUGAAUACUGCUUCAGUGGAAUCGCAAACCAACGAACGGUUGCAGACUGAUGAUAAGUUGUCUGAGCAUGGCCAUAAGGAAAUCCUGUCGAGUGACGCUGAGCCGACUGAACCCGAGAUCAAAGAACUACCACAGAUUGAUGACCACUCAGCGGGGCAUCAUGUUCCGGAUCAAUCUGGGAUCAGAGAAGAGCCCGUUGAGCCUAAGGUUGAAGAACUGGCGCACAUCAGUGACGAAACAACUAAAUCCGAGCUGAAAGAACAGCUUCAAGCUGAUGGCCAGUCAUCUCGGCCUGAAGCUGAAGAACAGCCCCAAAUCGGUGAUGAAUCGUCCGAGGUUGUGUUUAAGGAACGAUCGCAGACCAAUCUCCCAAUGGGGCCCGAUACCGAAGAACAGACACCCGCAUUUGAAAACUCGACUAUUCUUGAUAUCAAUGAUGAAUCACAAAUAGCAGGCGUGUCAGCUGGGCCUGAAAUAAGAGGCGAGGCACCGAGUGAGAAGCCAGUUAACGAACUUUCACUAGAUGAGCUGCCACCGGCCACAGAUGAUGGUUCCCCUCAACUUGCUCUUGAUGAAAUCCUGCCACCAAGGAGACCAGAUGCUCGUCCUCGGGAAGUGGAAGCCGCCAAGGAAGAACCCUCUCUCGCAGCUGAGAACGUUGAGGCGGAGAGCGAGAAGGCAGAGAUCGAAGCUCUCCUCGAGAAGAGAGUGAGGAGGAAAGGGCGACUUUUGAAGAAGGAUCAAGUACGCCUUGCUGCUCUUGAAGAGAGUGCCGCUCAAAGGCUAGCGGCAUCAGCUGUCCCUGAAGUCCAAGAGCAAGUUUCCGAGAAACCGGCGGACAUCAGCAAUGCUGAAGGAUCCCAACAGGAGUCUGAAACAAUCGACACAUCAAAGAAGGCUGAGGGCAUUUUAGACGAUGACAAACUGCACUCAACUGAGGAAGUGCCUACCCCCAGGCCUCCUGAUGUCGUCAAAGUCCGCGCCACCGAAGUUUCGACUGAAAGUGAGACUCGAGAUAUUGGACAACCGACCGAGACUACCGAGGUGGCAACGUCUCUGCCGGUCGUAGAAGGGACCGAGAAAAAUCUUGAUGUUAUUAACACGGCUGUGACUACUAAGCCUCAAGAUGCUAUAGAAGCUCCUGAAGACAACACUUCAGAGCUGACGAGCACUAAGAAGUCGAAGAAAAAGAAGAAGAAGAAAUCAGUAUCUCUUGUUGAGGACGAUGAAGUUCAAGGUGCAGCGACACAGAACAGCGAACCGCCUGUCAUACUAUCUGAGCCCUUGCGCCUCGAUGAAUCCACAACCAGCGUCAACGAAGUAUCGGUUGCUGAACCGGUUCCCGAGGACGUCUCAAAUGAAGCCCCAUCAAAGGAUUCCCAACAGCCUGACAUAUCUCCUGUGAACCAUCCCUUGGAGUCUGCAAACGAGAGUACGGCCGUUGAAGUCGACCCUGAAGCAAAUUCUGCUGCUAUUGUGGAAGAGGUCGAGCCAGAGAUCUCACCUGAUAAGAAGAGCAAGAAAAAGAAGAAGAAGAAGAAGAUCGCCGCUUCUGACGAGCCAGAGAAGCAGCCUGAAGCCGAACACACUCUCCAAGAAUCUCCCGAGUCAACUUCUAAAGACUUGAUCUCUGAUGCAGCCAAGAACUCAGCUCCGCAAGAAGCACAGUCCGACCUUGGCCCGACUGCAGAGUCGAGUGGUAUGGAACCUACAGAGACGACUGCCCAUCAAGAUGAGCCGUCGCCUCCCAAGGAGUCGGAAGUGAUAAACACUGUCGAGACCACCCCAGUAGAUGAUGAGCAGACUCAGCCAGCUGAUGCCAAGACCACCAUAGAAACCCCUUCUGUCAAGGAACCAACACCAGCCACCGACAAACCUGAUAUUGUAGCACCCGAUGAGCCUCCCUCCGAAAAUCCGCCCGAAGCCGAGGAACCCGAUUCACCGGCAAAACUGUCAAAGAAGGACAAGAAGAAAAAGAAGAAGGCCGAAAAGAAGAAAGCUGCCCUUGAAGAAGCCCAGGAAAUUGAAGCUGAGGCUGGCCUUGCUACCUCUUCUCAGGAUGCUGACGUUUCGGUCGAUACUGGAAUCAAUGUCCCAGCCGAAAAUUCUCAAGCCGCGCACGAUGAGACCCCUAAGCAGACCGAUGAAAACGAGACACCUGAUAGCGCGGUUCCUUCGGAGGAUAAAACGACUCCUCCGGCCGACCAUAUCAAUGUACCAGAUACCGGUAAUUCUGGAGAGCUUCCAAGCGAAGAACCAGCUGGUUCUGAAGACGAGCGGGGUGGGUUAAGCCUCAGUCAAUCCCAGACCGACCAAAAGAAGAAGGCUAAAGACAACGAUUUUGAAAUCCUGCAGGACCCCGAGACCAACCGCCCAACGGAGCCGGAGAUGAUUCCGGAUCCGGAAAAGCAGGACGCCGCCGCCGCCGCCGUGGAUAAGGCGCAGAGCCAAGGAUCUACGGAGGGCACAAAAUGGAAGGAGGACACGAGCAUAGCUGGCGACCUCGAAGCCUAUGUCGGGUCCGGGAUGAAGCUGGAGCCAGAAUCGGAACUGGGACAGGAACUAGGAGGCAGAAAGGAAUUUGCAGGCUUGUCAAAAAAACAGUUCAAGAAGUUGAAGAAAGUCCAGGCUCUGGCUGCUUUGGAUUCCUCCCCCAAACCACAGACGCCCAAGGAAACCGGAGCCUCUGAAGAGGCACGAUCGGAACCAUUGGCUGAAGCUGGAUUGGAAUCUGAAUCAAAGUCCCAGGCUCAAUCCGAACCUGUUGCUCAAAGCUCUACCGAGGCAGAUCCAGAGCCUGACUUUAAGGAUGAGAAAGAAAGAUUUCCGGAGAUCGAGGAGAUUGUACCUAUAAUUGAGCCCGUCAUUGAAGCUGAAUCCGAGUCCAAAAAUGAGACUCAAUCUCUGGACAACACCAAUAGCCACUCUCCGACUGGACAAGCCAUUGCCAAGCCUGAAGCUGAUGGCGCCAUUCAGGGAUCACAACUUGACUCUAAGCAGACAGCCUCUGGACAGGGUACCAUUGUUCCUGCGUCGGAGGUUGAUCCUGAGGAUCAAGUUGCUAAUUUUGGUAAAGACCCAAUUACAAACAGUGCAAUUGAGCAGAAAAGUGUGGUGGAAAUCGAUGCCUCAUUAGAGUCUUGGGCUAUGCCAAGACAGACACUCAGAAAAUCUGUUGAUACGAUUGAGGUCUGUGGCUCAGAAUUUGAGGCGGGAAAUGAGGCCGAUGUCGCAACCAAGCCAAAUUUCACGGAAGAGCUCAUCCAAGAAGAUCCCUCGCCCUCUUUCGCAAUGAAGAAUGAUACAACAGACAGCACACAUGCCAGCCUAUCUGAGGAAGCUGCCGCUUCUACGGUGUUCGAAUCUCCUUUGCUGAAUGAGCAUGUAUUGACAGACGCGCCUGUCGGAUCUGAGGAUGAAAUUACUCCAGGACAAGCGACUGACGAUAAUACCGAGUCUGUUCCACAGCUUCCUGAAGCUUCUGCAAACUCCUAUUCGGACUUCGACUCUAUCGGCAGUAACACUGAUGCUCUAUAUGGCCUCAAAGAAGGCGAAACAGAUCAUACCCGGGAACUCAGUGUCACAAACACAGCUGCUUCUGGUAUUGUUGCCUAUGAUGUCUUCACGUCCUCACCACAGCAGAUUGCAACGAAGGCAGUGGAAGCACCCCCCCUGGACAUAGAGUCUUUCGAGGAUCACCCUUUGCUGCCGGACACCGCUGAACAAGCGUCUGAGCGUCUGGAAAUUCCUGAUAUUCCCGCCCAGCCCAACUGGUCAAAUUCAACCUCUCAACAAGCUCAUGAACAGUCGCAUGCUUCUCCUAUGUCACUCACCGUUCAAGCGAUUACCGAUGCAUCCACUUCAGAGAUAGCACCUACAGCUACUUCUGUCUUUUCAGAGAAUUCAGCAGACCCCAACCAUGGUAUGACCGAGGCCCUUGAAAGUUUGUCUGCAGCCGAGAAGAAGUUGAAGAAAAACAGAAGGAACAAGAAUAAGCAGGAGGGCCUCCAUGAAGAUGCCGAUCAGGUGGAGGAGCCGAGCAAACCCGCAGAUGUCGACAUCACUUCAAACCUCGCAGUCGUUCAUGAAUUGACAACACCUGCAAAUCCUCCAGCCGACUCGAUGAAAACUCCUGCAUCCACGUCUGACCCAAGAGCAGGCUUGGCAAUAUCUGAUUCCCCUAUGUCUGCCGCACUAUUCCAACCCACGAUCCCUCUUCAGAUUACUGCCGACAUAGAAAAUGAGGAACAAGAUCAAUUUACGAAGGAGAUGACGACAAAAGCCUCUUCCGAAUCCUAUCAUGAAGAAUCCUAUUCUGAGCCAUCUCAUGAGCUUGCUAUUUCUCAGCGCGCACUCAAAGCAAUGGAUGGUGUAGGCGUCCAAGAUUCCGAACCAGUCAAUGGGGUCGAUGAGAACCAAGUGGCCGAGGGUCUCGCGACGGUGCAUCCGCGGUCUCGACAAAUACCGUUGUCGAUUUCGCCUGAUCCUCCAAACCAGGUGAUGGACAUCACAGCCGAUGAAUGUUCUCAUUCCUCAGGCGUUCAGCAAGCUGAGAAUGAGUUUACCGUCGAGGAGUGGGCAGCCUUUUCUUCAAAGGACAGGAAGAAGAUGAAAAAGAAGCUGAGAAAGAUAGGCCUCGACCCAAUCAUUCAGUCUUCCUUCGAACCAACUCAUUCAACUGGCAAACCUCUGCCCGAACCUGCGUCCGAAACCAGCCCCCCUGCAUCUCAAAUCGAGCCAGUCAGUGGUAGUAGUGCUGGACAACUUGCGGAAGAUCCGGAGGCGUCAAGGACAUCUACCAAUAAAGACAAUAUUGGGAAGGAAACAACAUUCGAGAUUCUCAAUGAUGGCAUCCACGAGGGCAUUCUCGCAGACGCAGUACCUGCACCUGAGACACGAACAAUCCGCGAGACUGAACCAGAUCAACAAAAGCCGCUGAAUGGUGAUACGGGACCUUCUCCUACACAGGAAAUCAGGAGGGAGCCGAGCGAUGAAACAAAGACGGAUGACGAAGUUCAGGCUUUGACCGAGACACAAACCACAGCAGAGACAUACGUAUUUUCUGGAAAAGAGCAACUCACGCCUAGUAUGCAGGAAGAUGGAGAUGUUCAUGGUUCUCUAGUGCCUGAGAAUGCAAACAAACAGGAGCCAGGAAGCGACAGUGUGCCAAUUCCAUUGUCAAAAUGGGAAUCACCGCCGCUGAGUAAGGCGGAUCAAGAAGUGAAAACAGAACAGCCCACUAGCCAAGCACCUCCAGAUUUGGAGCACUCGUCCAAAUAUACUCGAGAGAUCGAUGUGGGUCUUGUCGGCGCUACAUGUGCAGUAGAGACGCUGCCACAACAGGAAACAGGAGAAACCAAUGAUGAGGUGGCAGCAGUUCUAGCACCUGAACUUUUGCCCGAGGAGAGCAAGGAAACCGGGGAGCACGAUAAGCCUGCCCUUGUUCCAGCCGAGAAUUUCGUCUACAGUGAUGGCCCAGCCAAUUCUACUAGGGCUGAGACGGACCACGAAGCUUGCCUUCAUCCUGCUGAGCUUGUUCAGAAGCAUCAAAUUGACGGCAAACCUUUGGACGAGUAUGGCGCGGUUCCAUUCGCUCCAUCAAUAGAUCACUCCCCAACCAUGAGCGACCAUCCAGCGCCUGGAGCUUCGCAAGAAUCCCCCAAACAAGCGAUGAGCCUUGAUCCGGCUGAAGUUAGUAACACUGAUAACUCCGCUGAAGUUUCCAGGUCCCAUCUGGACACAGAAGGAAACUCUGGCUUACGAGCAGUUCCUGUCAAGAAGCCUGAUGAAGCUAUGCACACAGGCACACUCACAAGCUUUAAGGAUCUGGAGUUGUUCGAGUCAACGGAACCUCUGCGCGAUGUCACCACGCGAUCAGCGACAGAUAUCCCUGAUUCGACAAAGAACACCUUGGAUGUUUCUCUACUUGAUGCACAAGCUGAGCUGUUCCAGGAUGGUCUUAUUGGUAUCAGACCAGGCGAUGAGAAUGCCAUACUUCCAGAGAAGAAAGAACAGAAGAAGCAGCCGAAGCUGAAUUCGGAUACUGCUCCUUUCGUACUAAGCGAUGUGAACAAAAACUGUGUAGUCUUGGAAGAUGCCCAAACACAACAGGAAUUUCAAAACCAGCCAAAGCCUGCUGAUGCAAUAUUGAACAAUCCUCAUAGAACCCAGCCAGGAACCGGACUUCCGACCACUGGCCAGGCUAAAGCAGCACCAGCCGAGUCGGGCGAUAUCUUCUCGGAGCUAGAACCACCAUACGGGGUAAUGCCUAUGACAGCCGCAACUGAGAUCGAAAGUAACUGUCACCCCGCUGUGCGUGACGAAUCGAAUGUACCAUCGAAGCAAGUUGAGGAAGCUGCUCAGAUGGAAGACUCAAUCACGCCGCAUUUCCAGAAUGAUAAGAACAUAAAGACGGGUCACGCUUCUGAGACAUUAAUAACAGAAGAGAAAGCUUCCCAACAGCUAGCAGUCCGGAAGCGCAUCGACUUACCCGGAGCUUCUGGCGGCAAAUCGACUCUGGAUGAUUCAGAUUUUGAUAAUAUAGCCCAAGUAGUUAUGCCAAACCUCUCCCUUGUGCCUGGGACCACGGAGACCGACCAGGCACCGUAUCAGGCCACACAAGGAAAGCAGCACCUCGAAAGCAAAUACAGGGAUGACUCUGUUGUUGAUUUCAUCAUCGCCCAGAAGGAAGAAGCGCAUGCCCCCCUUCAAGAUUCUGGUACUGGAAACUUCACUAAAACAACUGCACAAAGUCCUCCGACAUCGACAGGUAGAUCUUCUGCUUUUGACAAAGGCGGGCCGUCGCUGGCGCAGGUUGAGGCAAAUGCAUCUAUUGGACCCUCACCAAGACAGCUUUCUGAACCUUCACCUGCUGCCGCAGAAGAUCCGCUUGUAAAGUUGGCCCCAAAGAAAAAGAAGCAACGGCAAACGGAUCAUGAACCUCUCGAGGCAGCAAGAGAAGGGAAUCAAGGACUGCUAUCUAAUCAAGCUGUUUCUGGCCAUCUUCUCAACAAACAACUUCUCUCAGAACUGAAUGCCCUAUCUUCCAAAGAGCUGGCGACAACGGAAGUGUUAGACGAUACACGGCCGAUACUGGUGAAGACGGAAUCUGAGAAUAAGAAAGAAACAGACAAGCAGCCGCAGGACGGUGACCUAACCCAUUCCGAGGCUUUUCAGCCCCAAUUGGUAAUCGAAGGUCAGCCAGAUACAGCCGUUCAAGCUGCAUCAGGUCCUGGAACAAAUGACGACGCUCCUGCUCCGACAAAAGAUGGUUGCUUAGGCCCAGAAUCCCCUGUGGCAACUCCCACCCUGCAACAUAUUCCCGCAAUUACACUUGUCCAUGAGACAGCGGACGAAAAUACGGAGAUGGCGCCAGAUUCCAAGAGCCAUUCGAUUAGGGCUCGGCCGGAAGAGAUAAAAUCGAGUGGAGAUGUACCUUCUAGAGGCACGGCCUCUGAAGAGAGAAGCAGCGCCUCCAAUGGGCCAACAAGUUUGACAGCGACAGAGCCGUCUUACAUCAAAUCUGUUGACAAGUCGUUGAAUAAAGAAAUGAAGAAAGCCCAGAAAGUAGGGUUGGAACCUAGAUCCGCUGGACCAUCAGUCUCUUCGGAACAUGGACCUGCCAUUGAUCGAGAUGCCCAGUUCUCUUUUGCAAAUGAUGCAACACAGCUGAAAGAGACUGACAGAUCAUUGCCACAGCGAACCUUCGAGGCAAAGGAGGGAAAGACAGCCUUGAGAGAAACCGAGUCGACUUCCAUGUUUCCGAAGGGAUCUCCUGAUGCGAACCCACAAGCCAUAAAAGAGCCUACGGAACAGCCUGUACGCUCCCCAGAAGCUACAGCCGCCACCUCGGACGUUUUGAAAGAUGAACCAGACCCGCAUAAAUUGAGCAAGGUCACUACGUCGGCUUUUGCUGGAAUGAUUGCAGCCACCGCCGCAACGUUCAGCUCUGCCAUGUUCGGGGACUGGACAGAGGGUGACAAGAGUAAAGGGGCAAGACAAGAUGAAAAGAAACCCGAAAGCAGGGAUAAGACACUGGAAAAAAGGAAUAGGGGAUCGCAAAAUGAUGGGAAAGCAGCAACAAAGGGCCCAAAUGACAACAACUUACCUGCGAAAGCUAUUGACAAAAGGAUACAGGAAGAAACCCCAGCGCAUCGGGAAGUCCAGGAUGCGAGGAGGAAGAAACCAGAAAAAGACUUCGCUAGUGGCAGUGCUGACCACAAUGAAAGGCACCAUAACAUUACUACAGAUGCUAAAGACAAGAGCGAACUGGCAGAGACAAAAUCAAAAGCUUCAAAAAAGACAACCAAGGUCACAUCGUCUGUUCACGAGACGUUGUCCGAUGCGUCAGGAAAGAGUAGGCGCUCAGAAAGCUACGAGGGACCGUCGCAAGUUCUUAGCACAUCGAGAGCUCCUCCAACGAACCCGAAGAAAGAGCACGAAUCAACUUCGCGGCAAUCAUGUGCAGAAACUUCAGACACGAUAGAAAGUCCGGUGCUUGGCAAAGGAGAGUUGGAGCUGUUGAGAAGCUCCCCCCAGCCUCUUCUUCGUCGUGGAUCUGACGUUGAGGAGCCGAAGAGCGGUCUGUUACGAGAGGAUAGCAAGACAUUUGCACCACUGGUGGGAUCGGAUUCAGAUAUUAGUGAUCUACGCCGAUCGCCAAGCAGACUCUUAGAGCCAGUCCCAGAGGUUCCCGAGGCCGAAGUUGAGCCCGCCAAGGAUGCAUUCUCAACACCAAAAGCCAAACGUGACAGCGCUCCUGUUGGCGAAGCAUUGAGCUUCCAGAGACGAAGUAGACGCUUGAGUGAAGAGGCACAUCGUGACAGCGGAUUCGGAGGGGAAAUAGCCAGUCUAAGGCGAAGCAAACCUGCUAGUCAAGAGGCUUCACGCGACAGUGAGUUACAUACCGAAGACUGGGCUGGAAGGGAAAGUCAGAUACAGCCAGUUGCAGACCGCGCGGUGUUGCAAACUCCUGAUCCGCCGAGCGAGCGAAGACUUCGUCGAUCUCCUCGAGGCACACCGGUAUUGCGAGAGCCUGCAGCACCUGGACCAACACCGGAGCCAGAAAAGAAGAAACAAUAUGGAGCCCUAACUCCAGCUGGCACGGCAGUCGCCGCCGUAGCAGUGGGUGCGGGCUUAGCGGCAGCCCUACGAGGACCCGAGCCUUCAACGCCAGUUCCAAUUCCGGCUACGAGUCCCAACCCGAUUCUAUCAUCAGUUUCUGGUCGGAGAAGCGCUUCAGACGAUGCCACUCCUUCUCGUCGGUCAACACCUCGUCUCGAGGGUUCAGGACGUCGAACUGUCUCUAACACUAGCCUCUCUCGGCGUCGGACCCCGGAGCCGCUUAAGCUGAGGCCUGAUAGCCCAGGCAUCAACCGCUCUUCAGGCACCCCCACACCACCGCUCCGCCGUGUUGACAAGCGAAUGAGCAGUGAUUUGCGGGCUCUUCGUCAACAAAACACCACCGCCGUCGCACCCGUCAGUUCCACGCCUGUCGCAAAUGAGGGUCGAGCCCGUGCCAAGGACAUGGCCGACGUCUAUGAUGGCUUUGGUGAGGGUCGCAUCGGCUCACCCCGAUCACCAACCCGGCCACACAGCAUGCGCCGCCGACAAAGCAUGCAGGUCCUUGAACUCGAGAAUAAGGUCGAGCAGCUAAUGGCCGAGAACCGAAUGCUCACCGAAGCCCGCGCUAUGGCUGAGACGAGCCUUAGUCAACGAGCCGCCAGCAGUUUAGCCGAUCGCGAUGCCGAAAUCGACAAUCUCAAGCAGUCAUUACAAUUUCUUCAGAACGAAGUCUCUAGACUUUCAGAAGUUAACGACGGUCUUGCAAGCGCCAAUGCCGAGCUUGCAAGCAAAGACAAUGGCCGUGUAACUGACCUUGAGAGUCGCAAUGCCGCUGUCGCCCGUGAGCUGGAGGAAGCUCGACGCGAAAAAGGCAACACUGAACAGUCUCUUGAAGCAAAGGAUGUAGAAAUUGCCGAGCUUCGCGCCAAACUUGAUUCUGCUAAGGAGAAAAUUCGUGAUCUUCAACGCCAGAUUUUAGAAGCCAAGGCUGGCGACGAUCAUUUUCUCAACAUCCGCGACGAGGAUCAUUUUGACCAUCGUUGCCAACAACUGUGUUCCCAUGUUCAGCAAUGGGUACUUCGGUUCUCCAAAUUCUCUGAUAUGCGCGCCUGCCGCUUAACAAACGAAAUAAAUGAUGAGAAGACAAUUGAUCGACUCGACAACGCCGUGCUCGAUGGAUCCGAUGUCGACGUUUAUCUUCGGGACCGGGUGAAGAGACGCGAUAUCUUCAUGUCCAUGACCAUGAAUAUGGUUUGGGAAUUUGUCUUCACUCGCUAUCUUUUUGGCAUGGAUAGAGAGCAGAGGCAGAAGCUCAAGUCACUGGAGAAGCUGCUGACCGAAGUUGGCCCCAUCGAAGCGGUACGCCAAUGGCGCGCCGUUACCUUGACUUUACUGGCGAAGCGCGAAAGUUUCAAGCGUCAACGUGAUCUGGACACAGAGGCCGUUGUUCAGGCCAUCUUCCAAACACUGUGUAAGAUCCUCCCACCACCGUCGAACUUGGAAGAUCAAAUUCAAUCUCAGCUGCGACGUGUCAUGAGAGAGGCUGUUGGUCUCUCGAUCGAGAUGCGGACGCAAAAAGCUGAAUAUAUGAUGCUGCCGCCUUUGCGCCCUGAAUACGACGCGGACGGUGAACUUGCCGCGACAGUCCAGUUCAACGCAUCAAUGAUGAAUGAACGAAGCGGCAGCAUUACAACCUCAAAUGAAGAUCUUGAGGCACAAGGCGCCAUCGUUCGGGUUGUGCUUUUCCCACUUGUAGUCAAGAAGGGAGAUGAUAAUGGCAAAGGCGACGAAGAGAUAGUGGUGUGCCCUGCACAAGUUCUUGUGCCCCGCUCCAAGGGUCUGUUUGGCGGCGCAAGUGAUGGUGGAAGCACUUCCAUCGGCGCUCGGAGUCAUAUUAGUCUUGUGACUGAGACAAUGGGUCAAACUGAGGUAGAUUAUGUAGAUUAA